CAGCAGUAGCAGCACCCCGUGGGACACGGAAUAAAGUAGUCAGCUUGCCCGAGAUUCCUGGCCAUCGUGCAAGCACACGCCAUCCCUGUCCCUCUCGCAUCGCCAUCCACUCCACUGCUUUAUCGUUUCCUCUCUCCAUCUCCUUCCCGCGCCUCCUUUUCUGCAUCCCGGCGAUGUCUGGCGGCUCGCUCACGCGCAGCAGCGGCGACAAUGCCCACCGCCGCAGCAGCUAUGGAUCUGGCUCCCCAUGGUCUCAGACCCGCAGCAUCGAGGAAGAACUCUCCGAUCCGAUCUCCGCCCCCAAGCUUCUCUGCGCUUGCAAAAUCCCCCUAUCCAAAAAAAGAUCAAAUACCACUAGGAACCCUAACCGAGAUUUCUAUGCCUGCAGUAGAAUAGGAACAAAUGAGCCGUACUCAUGCAAAACAUGGAUAUGGGUCGAUCUGGUGCGGGACUAUGUCGAGCAGUUGGUCAGUAUGCGAACAAGAAACCUGGAGGUUCUUGAGAAAGAGCUUGCAGCCGUACAGAGAGAGCUGCAGGUGAAGACUGAUGCACUAGUUUGCAGGGAGAUGGAGAUGGAGGAGCAGGGCAGCAUCCACCAGGCUUCAAUUAGUGAGCUGAAGGCUCAGCUUGUGUCUCUGCAAUCCCAGACCAAGGCUCUGAAGAAUACCAGCAUAUAUCACUGUCUGGAAGUGGUUAUUGACGCCAACAAACAACCCAAACGGCAUCUUGUACAGAUUUGUGGUGUAAGUUGUGUCGAACACCACCACAUCUCCAAAACAUGUGUACUGCCGCCUGCUGCGCCCAGACGUCCAUAUAAGAUUCUUGAUUCUGCCUUCAGGAUCAAGAUCAAAACGAAAAGCAAAAUCUGGGUCGGUAGACCUCAUGCUCCUAAACAAAUCUAUCGUUUUCUUGAUGUCAUCAUCUUUCUGAUCAAAUGCUAUCUGCUGGCAGACUGUGCGCAGCGACUUCUUCGUAAAGGGGAGCUUGUCAUCUGA